AUGGCUUCAUCUUUUCAGAUCGAGAAUAGCGUGCACCGGGUAAGAAAACAACGAAGUGCAAAGGCAUACCAGCCUUUGCUCACAUACAACCAUCCGUUCCGCGAGGUCGUCAACCACAAUGGCGGGCUUUUCGGGUUGGCCGUCACGGUGUUUAAGAAAAUCCGGAAAUACGUGGAUGAAGACCUGAAUUGGAAGCUGGCUGAGGUCCAAACAAAAUCCACACUUGCCGAUGCGAUAUCGGCGAACGCGAGCUCCGUGACUCUCAUCCUUGACCCCGUUCCUCCCGAAGAGCUGUCGCUGGAGAAGUUCUUCGGGCCAACGUUUUCCCUGGAUUUCGUUGGCCGAAUCCUGUCUGCGGCGACAACGAGGCUCGAGCUGUCUUCGGUUGGAGGGAUAAAACAGUUAAUUGAAGUGCUUACAAACAGCGGCUCAUCAAACUUUACAUCGACAAACAGGCUGCCUGGUGUUUCGACGUUCCUAAAGACAGAUUGCGGCGACUCGAUGUGCAUCGCCGACGUCAUCCCACAACUCUCCGAUAAAUACCCGAAAGCCAACAUCGAGCGUAAUUCGAUAAACAUUGGUGGAAGGAUAUCCCUACGUGGAGCUGGGCACACAAAGCGCCAGGAGGCUGUGGCCGACCUCGAGAUUGUAGCCGAUACCCUGCUGAGCGUUAAGAUUACCAAUGCCGAACUGGCUGACAUCGCUUUGCUGGGCGGGCAGCUGAUCGAGAAUAUGGUCAACAGAGAUGCUGAACACUCCAAAACACUCUACUUUCCAGUGCUCCACCUCGACAACAUUCGCAUCAACGUGCUCUCCCGGAAACUCCUAAUCAGAACCGAUUUUGGCAUCGACGAGCGCCGGCUGAGCAGAAUAGCAGAAAAGCAUAAAAACACGAUUAUCCUGGUACAAAACACCUUCAGGACCCUGUCGCCAGUUUCCCGUUCGGUAUGCGGAUCGGUCUCUGCGUUCACAGGCGGAGGUG